AUGCUCAUUCGAUUCUGCUUGCUCGUGUCUAGUAAAUUACCGAAAUUAGGUCAUCAUUCGCGCUUUACUGUUUUUAAUAAUAGCCGUAUUUUUCACCACUGGUGCAGUUCCGUUUAUAUAAAUUUCUUGAAUAACUGUAAAACUUAUCGAAUAAUGACUGAUGUUGAAAGCAUUUUAUCUCCAUUGCGAGCUGAGGUCAAGGCUCAGGGUGAUAUUGUAAGACGCCUUAAAGCAGAGAAGGCUAGUGAUUUAGAUAUCAAACGUGCCGUUACCGAGCUGAAAGCGCUAAAGAAGAUCCUUGAGGAGAAGGAGUUAGAGCUGACGAGUCAAGAUCAUAAAAUUGACCGUUCAAAGUUGGAAGAUCUGCUUAAACAAAAGUUCAUAUAUGAUCAAUCCUUCUCAAUUUACGGGGGUAUCCAGGGUCUCUACGACUACGGGCCAAUUGGCUGCGCUAUUAAAGCUAAUCUUAUCUCUGCUUGGCGUCAAUUCUUUGUACUUGAAGAACAGCUCCUUGAAGUGGAUUGUUCUAUGCUCACUCCUGAAUCCGUUUUGAAGGCUUCCGGACAUGUGGAACGUUUCACUGACUAUAUGGUUCGUGAUGCGGAAACUGGUGAAUGUUUCCGUGCCGACCACUUGAUUGAAGCUGCUCUGGAGACGAAACGAGCUUCGAAGAAAACUAGUGAAGCUGAAAAGAAAGAAAUCGAUAAAUACCUUGCUCAGAUGGACAACUAUGGUCCGGAGGAGUUAGAUGAAUUGAUUAAAAAGUACGACGUGAAAUCGCCCACUACGAAAAAUGAUGUGACUGGCGCUCAAAAGUUUAAUCUUAUGUUUUCAACGCCUAUUGGCCCUACUGGACAAGUUAAGGGGUUCCUAAGACCUGAAACAGCCCAAGGAAUUUUUGUGAAUUUUCAACGUCUCCUCCAGUUUAACCAGGGCCGUCUGCCAUUCGGUGCCGCUCAAAUCGGUUCUGCCUUUAGAAAUGAGAUAAGUCCACGCUCGGGCAUCAUUCGAGUUCGUGAAUUCACCAUGGCUGAGAUUGAGUUCUUUGUUGACCCCAAGGAAAAAUCUCAUCCGAAAUUCGCCCAAUACGCUGACCUCAAGUUGCCCCUAUUUUCAGCCACCGAUCAAAUGGAUGGGAAGUCGGCUCGCGAAGUCGCGCUUAAAGAUGCUGUUGCUCAGGUUUGUACCCCCUUUUACCCCAUUUUUUGUCUAAACCAAUUUUGCGAUUAG